UCAGCUGUUUUUGUUACAAUUCCAAAAAACUUCUUCUGUGCAUUCAGCGCGAAACAAACAAAUAAACAUGAAUUUUAUCACAAGAAUAGUGGGGCCACCGUUUCGGCAAUUGGUGUUUAAUCAACCACCUGUAAGUUGGCAAAGAGUGGCCGUGAUUCCCACCAAGAAUGUUCUACUUUACUCCACGAAAACAACGAAACCGCAAGAACCCAGCACCGGCAGUGCUGCGAACAGCAACAAGAAAGCAAAAACAACACCAAAGAUAACUCUUAUUUCGUCCGAUGAGUCGAUAUCGAUAGUGAAUCUGGAUGAGGCAGUAAAAAUAUCCAACCGGCGAAAUUUAAAGCUGGUGAAGAUUACCGAUCUUGACACUAAAACGCAGCGUCCGGUGUACAAAUUAAUAACCGGUGCGGAGUAUCUGAACGAAGACUUAAAGCGCCGCGAGGAAAAGAAAAAAAGCAAACAGGAUGCAUCCGUUAAGGGUGACAAGCUGCUGACGAUUAGUGCUCGCAUAGCCGAACACGAUCUCGCUUCAAAGAUACAGAAUGUACUAAAAUGGUUGAACAAAUCGUACGAGGUGCGUGUCGUUGUAACGGGCGACGGUGCGGGCAACAAGGCAAAGCAGGAAGACAUUGCACAGCGCUUCGAGGCGAGUGUAAAGGACACCGGCAAGAUAGUGCAGAAACGCCUCCGCGAUAAUGAUUUGCGUUUUAACAUUACACCAACCGCUGGGAGUGGCGCAACGGUCGGUAAGAAAGGGUUGCUCGAUGUAAAGGAUACAACAAACGGGAUGGAUGAACCGCAAGCUGCUCGUGGGUUGCAUACGCAGAGCCGUUCAAUGGCGUGACAAUCACAGCGAGGGGACAGAGAGCCGGCAGCCACGACGAAACGGUACAAGGUGACGGGAUGUGUUGCAUUUGUUCUGUUUGCGAAGUAUGCUUUCUGGGCCUAUCUGAUCAGGGGCGACAGAUGACCAUUGUAAAGUAAGGUAAGGAAAUAAAGCUAGCUCAAAUAUAGACUAAAUGAAAGCAAAAAAUUUGUUAAACAUUUGCUUGCUAAAUGUUAAUCCGAUGAUGAAGUAAAUUCCAUUUCGACCCAUUCUGGGGUUCUAGCGCUUUUAUGCCACCUCCCACCAAGGUAGUGUAUCUAAACACACAACCAGAAGUCAAUUAGUGUGAAAUAAAAUUAGGAUCAAGCCAGCUUACGUAUUCCCUGGUGCUGGUGCGCUUGGACACAAAGAGUAUUGCUUUAUCGACCGAAACAGGUGCAUCAGUUGCAUCGUAAUUAAAUUAUUCAAUUGCACUUCAAUCGAAACACGGCGUAAAGGGAUCACACGAGGUGAAACCAAAUACCUCGUGACCGAUGCCUCCUACAUAUUCGACAGUUGUCCCCGGGGGGGGAUAAAAGGAUAUUUUGUGAGAUUUUUGUAAUUGGAUUAUUUAUCACCCCAAAACAACACGAAGUCGGUCACCUAAUGGCGGUUGAUGUGGUUCCGAGUGCAUUGAUGCGGUAAUUUUAAAAUAGAUUCUCACACCCAACAUCAAUACCAGGAUUAAUCCGGUUGAGUGAGGUGAUAGUGACAUUAACUAGACCAUAAAAAUGUACAACAAAAAAACACGUUCCAUGGCAGUAAAUUUUGUGCAACAGAAUAAUC